GUUAACCCUAAAUGGAUGGGUUGUUUCACUCAAGAUGUCGCUGUUGCCAUGAAGGUGCACACUGCUGGAGUUCCUGUCUGGCUUAUUCGCAAUGCCAGACUCGUUCACUCCAAUAUGAACAUCAUCAAAGUAGUUUCAUUAACACCACCCAAUGACCUUGUCAUCAGCAUGUACCACCAUCCCAUCAAAAUUUUUGCUCAACCAUUCGACAUCAUCACCAGAUGUCCUAGCAAUCGCUGGUGCCAUGAGGCUGCUUGUCAGCCAUAUUCUGACUUCGAGAAGCUGCCCGUUCCAAAACCCCAAGUUGAACAACUUGUCAUGAAGGAGUUAUUGGUGGGGAAGGCCUGCGUAGCCAAAGAGAAGGCAAAGGCAAAGCUUGGAGCCCCUUCAGUGACUUGA